CUCGUUUCCAAACGUACCACAAACUUGAUUGUUUGGGAGAGGGAGGUGGUGGAGUUAAAAGGCUUGGCAAAUGUGAAACGAAAUGUGAAAAUUUGAAAGGGUGAAACAGUAUGUGGAUUUAUCAACAACUUUGUUGGUGAAGGACCUUCGCUAAAAUGAGUGAUGCCAAUGAAAGGACAAGGCUUAUUACUGGUAGCAACAUAAAUGCUGAAUUGUUGCAGGAUGUUGAGCUAGAAAUUAGCAGAAGGCCUGUUGAAUCUUGUGAUGUUUCUGAUGCAAGAAGUAAUGAAGAAGUUGGUAUAGAUGCUGCCCUGGAACCUGCGCUUGGUAGGAAAACAUGGAAAAGUUAUCUGGUUCUGAUUCUGACCCCAAUAUUGCUUUGUCCACUGUUAAUAACAAUACCAACCAUGGAAAGCAGAGCUGGGUAUGGUAUUCUUAUUAUAGUUAUUUACUGGGUAACAGAAACUUGCCCACUUGCUGUGACUGCACUUUUGCCAAUUGUUCUAUUUCCACUGCUUGGUGUGCUCAGUACAAGUGCUGUUGCUGCUACCUACUUUCAAGAUGCAAAUGUUUUGUUUCUUGGUGGAUUGCUUGUCUUUGUUUCAUUUGAAGAAUGGAAUCUACACAAAAGAAUUGCAUUGAAGAUACUUCUACUUCUUGGCACACGCAAGCAGAAUUUAUUAUUUGGCUUCAUGCUGACAACAGCUGGAAUUUCCAUGUUCUUAAGUAACACAGCAACUACUGCUCUGAUGGUCCAGAUUGUCAAAGUUAUUUUGGCUGAGCUUGAGCUUGGUGACAGAAGACAGAACAGCGCUGCCCAAGGGAGGGAAGACUUGGAAAACUCAAGUGAUAGUUUCCUCCAGCAAAGGGAAACUGUGUUUGCCUCUACGAGUGAAGACCCUGCAAGACAGGCCACUAUUUCAGAUGUAAAUAGUUCUAGGGAGGUGCUUAAAGAAUAUUCUAGGCAAGAUGAUCAAAAGCAGUUUGGAAAGGCAUUGCUUUUAGCAAUAGCUUUUUCUGCAAAUAUUGGAGGUAUUGGAACUUUGACAGGGACUGGUACAAAUAUGAUAUUUGCAGGACAAGCAACUAAGCUUUUCCCGAAAAGUGGUGGUAUUUCCUAUGCAGCUUGGUUUGGUUUUGCCUUUCCUCUUAUGGUUGUCUUGUUACUGGUUGGCUGGGUUUACCUUUUGGUUCUUUUUCUAGGGACAAAGAGUGCUGUCAGCUGUUUCAGGAAGAAUAAAGACAACAGCAGUGAUGCCAUAUUUGAAAUCAUUAAGCAUGAAUAUAACUUAUUAGGAAAAACUAGCUUUGCAGAAAAAGCUGUUUUAGGUCACCUUGUUGUCCUGAUUCUCCUUUGGUUAACAAAAGAUCCACAAGUUGUACCAGGUUGGAACUCGCUGUUUAAAAAAGGGUAUAUGACAGAUGGCACAGUAGCCAUAUUGAUAGCCUUCUCCCUUUUUCAAUUUCCAUCACUCAUGAGGGAAAACCAUGCUCGUGUUUACACAACUCGCCUUUCUUUACUCUCUACAAGACCCCUGCUUGAUUUGCAAAUGGUGAGUGAAAAACUUUGUUGGAGCGUCUUGGUUUUAUUAGGUGGUGGAUUUGCAAUUGCUGCUGCAUGUCAGGCCUCUGGACUUUCCGAGUUGAUAAGUGAAAAUUUAAGAAGUCUCAAAGGAGUUCCAGACUAUGCUAUUGUUUCCAUUGUGUGUUUUGCAGUGACUGGUUUUACAGAAAUACUUUCAAAUACAGGCACUGCAACAAUAUUUUUGCCAGUUUUGGCUUCUCUGGCUGUAAGUACACAUAUCCAUCCAUGGUAUCUGAUGAUCCCUGCAACAAUAUCUUGUUCAUUUGCUUUCAUGUUUCCUGUUUCAACUCCCCCAAAUGCUAUUGUUUACUCAACAGGAAGAUUGAAGAUGUGGGACAUGGUGAAAGCUGGCAUUGGGAUGGAUAUUAUAUGUUUAGCAGUGCUUCUUAUGUUUAGCAACCUGUAUGGAAGUUUUUAUUUCAAAUUCAAGACUUUCCCAGAGUGGGCCAAAACAGCACAGUACAUAUCAACAGUGGCGCCUACAAAUGGAUCCAUAUAUUUAACACCAUCAACAUUUUAUAACAAAUCAAUGCAGUUUAGUUGAAUUAAAUAGUUUGGUCUUUAUUUAUUUAGCAAAUUGUGUUUGCUUGAACUUUUUUAUUUCAGGAAAAGAAUAUUUUUAAUCCUAAUUAAUUCAAUACAUGUCUAUUUAUCAUGAUUACCAAUUAUCUUGGCAUUGAAAAGUAACCUGGUUUCUCAGAAAAUGUAAUGAUUUGCAGACCUGUAAAAUUAAUUUGUCAAUUGAAUUUUAUGAAAAGGUAAGAAAAAUUUUUUGGGACUGCUAUGGGAUCUCAAGGCCAAGGGGCAGAUCCAGAAUUGAUCUUUGAAUGCCACAUGGACAGAAGCAAGUGCUGGCGGCACAGUGCCCCCGUAAACUGUUUUCCUGUUCCAUGCCAUCUUCUGGUAGUUUUUCAGAAAGGCUAAGUUGAAGAAAACACACUCUACAGAUAUCAGUCAUUAUUAAAUGGUUCAAAUUUUUCUUUCACACUGUCUAAGAGAGGGGGUGGGGAUGGGGGUGGAGUUAUCCUUCUCCAGUAUAUUUGCAGAAAAUAAAUUUGGUCUCAAAGUCUCAAUGGAGCUAAACUGCAAUUCUACUAGGCUCAAAACAAUUGUACAGAACUCAGCUCUAGGAUAUAUACAGCAUCACUCAACCUGUGCUGAUUUGCUGUUUUCUAGUCAUUUGCUAUUCUGUAGGUAAGCCUUGUUAGGAAAGAGGAAUAAUUGCCAGGAUCUUGAAAAAACUGAGAAUUUGAAAAAGCCAAAAUUUGAAUAAACUUUCUAACAGAAUGUAUGAGAAUUCUAAUUUGAUACAAGCAAGUAUGAGAAUAGCAAAAUGUGUAAAACUUGAAAGGUUUGCAUUUGAGUUUUGAGAAAUUUGUAUUUAUUUUUACAUAUGCUUUUGAGUUUUGCUGCCUUGUGGUAUCCUUAACCUUUGUUAUGAUCCACAAACCUUUUAAAGAGUAGAAAGUCACAAUAAUUUUUGAAAUUCUUAUACAGAAACCCUAAAUUAUAAUAUUGUGGAAACUUUGCAGUCUGACUUUCUUAAAAAGGCCAGAACAUGAAAAUUAUGUCCAUUAGAGGAUGAUGCCUCCUCAAAGGAGAACCAGUUUUGCAAAGCAGAGUUUCUUUCCUCAUAAGUCUUGCAUCUUAUGGCCAAUCACAAAUCUAAUGACAUGAUUUUGAAAUGUCUCAUGUUUUGUUUAGUUGCUUUGAUCUAAAGAUGCACAGGUAAAUCAAAAAUAUGUAUGAUAUACCAUUUUUAUAUUUUUCUAAGAAGUUCAUUUCAUAAAAGAAAGCAUACAUUUAAAUUAACAAACAUGUGGUUGUCAUAUUUCAAAUCCUAUUUUAUUACCAGCAAGUUUAAUUAAUAAUAUAUCCUCACAAAUUGAUCAAAUCAUUGUGCCAAGAGUCUCAGAAUUCAUUUAUUAUUUAUUUAUUAGAUCCUGCAGAGGCUCUGCAUAGAAAACUAAAAUUUUAGUUCAGUUUUAGUUUUGCAAGCAUUGCUUAAAAAAUUUGCUGAUGCAAUGCUGUUAGUAUGAAAUUUGCAUCAUAUUUUGAAAGCAACAAAAAAUACAUGUUUUUUCAAUUGUGAUUUGAUCUUUAGGUCUUUAAACUUGGUAUAUUAAUUCUAAAUCUGAAAUUUUCAAUGCAUAAACAAUGUUCUAAUGCAAGGUGGUUUUAUCAUUAGCCCUUUUCUUACUUGAGAACUUCGGUUCCAGAGGUCUGGUUAGAGUGGAUAACAUCAGUAUUAAUAUGUUUUGUGACUGACAUUACAUUUGUGCUAAUAAUUGAGUGGAGCUAGAGUAUUUGAGGAGCCAGAAAUUCAGACUUGUCAAUCUAAAGGAUACUUUGACUGUUAAUAGAUAUGCAUUUUCAAAGUGAAGACCAACAAAAGACACAUGAAACAAGUAAACAUAUCUGUAAAUUAAACCUAAAAGACUGGCAAGUGGAAUUGAUGCCAUACAGUUGUCUAGGUUACAUAGCAUGAAUAUAUUGAUAUUUUAUUUAAAAGGCUGAUCUUUUUCAAUGUUAUACUUGCAAAAAUGUUCCAUCUGCCAACAAGUUUGUGUCCCCUUUGCAGAGUCUCUGUGAUAUUAUUUUCUUAUAAUUAUUUAGCUGCUGAUUAAAUUCCAUGACAUUUUCUGGUUCAGAUGAAAUAUAAAAGUCACUGAAUGCACAAAACAUUUGGACAAAUAACCUCUGGAAAUCUUCCAACGUAAACUUUGUGGCAGCAGCUGCAUAAAAAUAUGCCUUAAGCUCCCCAGAUCUCAGCAAAUCAAAGGCAACACCAGUCAAAUUUAUACCAGCUACAGCAAAAGGAUAACCAAAUCUAGGAUGCUGUGAUAAGCUAAAAAGUCUUUUUGCUUCAUCUGUCUUACUUUCAAUGAAAUAUAUGAGGUUUUUCAAGCUAAGCACUCCCAUUCCUCUAAAAUCUGUAGCUGGAUUCUUCCCCUGAAAUCCAAUUUCUCCCCACUGUUUUGAAUAUCUGUUAUCCAAUUUCUCAUUAGGCUUAAGUGCUUCCCAAAGCUGCAAAAGUAAUUCUUCAUGAACUUCAUUUUCCUCAUUGAAAGGCUCAGAUCUGAUCUCAUCAACUUUUGUUGUCAGUUUAUUGUAGCUCAAAAUCUUGGCAAGGAAAAUCGGCAUUGUUUUUAUUAAAUUUGGAUGAUCAUCUAGCGUUA